AUGUCGUGUGCAGUGCUGGAAGCACGACUUGAACAGGCAGCGAUGCUGAAGAAGGUUGUGGAUGCUAUCAAAGACCUCGUCCAAGACUGCAACUUCGACUGCAAUGACUCCGGCAUCGCCCUGCAAGCCAUGGACAACUCCCACGUGGCCCUCGUCUCCAUGAUGCUCAAAGCAGAGAUGUUCUCCCCUUACCGAUGCGACCGCAACAUUGCCCUCGGCAUCAACCUCAACUCCCUGACAAAAGUCAUCCGCGCCGCCCAGAACGAAGACAUCCUCACCAUCAAGGCCGAAGACUCUCCGGAUGUCGUGAACCUCGUCUUUGAGAGCAGCGACACGGAUCGCAUCAGUGAAUACGAUAUCAAGCUGAUGGACAUUGACCAAGAGCAUCUGGGGAUCCCGGACACCGAGUAUUCAGCCACGAUUGAGAUGCCGAGUGCUGAAUUUCAGCGCAUUUGCCGCGAUUUGAUUGCCAUGUCAGAGUCAGUGUCGAUCGAAGCAAGCAAGGACGGCGUUCGCUUUUCGUGUCAAGGCGACAUCGGCUCCGGCAGCGUCACUAUUCGACAGAACUCGUCCGUGGACAAGCCGGAUCAAGAAGUCAAGAUUGCUCUUUCGGAGCCUGUCUCGCUGACAUUUUCGCUCAAAUACCUGGUCAACUUCUGCAAAGCAAGUAGUCUUUCUACAAAAGUCAAACUCUGCCUCUCGCAGGAAGUGCCUCUUUUGGUGGAAUACAACUUGUCGGGAAGCAGCUAUUUGCGGUUCUAUCUUGCCCCCAAGAUCGGUGAUGAUGAGUGA